UGUGUGUGUGUGUGUGUGUGUGAGGGGAGAGAGAAAGAGAGCGCACACUUGGGUUCCCGCUGUCUGAAUAGGAAGAGUGAGAGCGUGACCCGUAGCCCGGGGGUCCGUGGAGAGAGUCAGGGGGUCGAGUGUGGGGGCAUGCGGGGUGAUUGACCCUCACGCCGCUCUGUCUGAGUUCUGUGUGUGUGGGUGUGUGUGUGUGUGUGUGUGUGUGUUUGUGUGCGUGUGUCUGUGUGUGUGUGUGAGCGCCGGCUGGGCGGUCCCAGCCUCACGCUUGGUUAGUGAGGAGUGGAGAGUGGGGAUGACAGGCUGAGUCCCGGCUCGGCUUCCCCUCAAACAGAGGCUGGUUUCUGGGUGGCUGCGGGGCCAAAGCCCCCUCUCCAGCGGACUUUGACACGGAACCGUUUCCCUCCCCAUGACACUUACACAGUAACCAUGUUUGGAUUAAAAGCGCCCCUCUACUACUUGCCAGGCAUGAGCCAUGAGCCAAAGUCACCAUCUUUAGGAAUGAUCUCCACGGCGACUCGUACCACGGCAACGGUCAGCCCCCUCACCCCCUCACCUCUCAACGGCUCCAUCGUAGCCAAUGGGAGCCCGGCUGCCCAGUCGGCUCACUCCGGAUUCGCUGCAGCCCUCCGUAAACUGGCAAAACAAGCCGAAGAGCCUCGAGCCGCCUCGUCCAUCAGCAGCGAGUCUUCCCCGGUGUCCUCCCCGGCCACCAACCACAGCUCCCCCGUCAGCACGCCGAAGCGCGGGCCCCUGGGCCCGGGGCCCAUGCUGGUCCCCUCGGGGGGACACAGUGUGCCAAACACCCCUCCCGUCGUCACCAUCGCGCCCACCAAGACCAGCAACGGCCUCUGGAGGAACGAGGGCCGCCAGUCAGAGUCGGGCCCCCGUGGGGCCAGCAGAGAGCGUGAGGGGGGCCUCUCCCAGGAGAAGGGUGGGCCCUCAGUCCCUGCUCACAUCCUGGGAAACCCCUAUGCCUUCGGGCUGAGCCCCGGCGCCGUGAUGCAGGACUCCCGCUUCCAACCACUCAACCUGCCCCGACAGCUGCACGGACUGCCCCCUGGUGCCGUUCCCGAGGAGUACCUCCGCGGCUUCCGACCCUAUGCCACCGCAGAGGAGGCCAUGCGCAUGCCCUCCCUGCCUAUGGGCCUGGACCCCGCCACAGCCGCCGCCGCCGCCGCCUACUACCACCCCAGCUACCUGCCCCACCCCUCCUUCACCCCAUACAGGAUGGACGACCCCUUCUGUCUCUCGGCGCUGAGGUCGCCCUUCUACUCCCUGCCGGGGGGCGGGGGCCUGCCGCCCCUACACCCCUCUGCCGUCCACAUGCACCUGCCCGGCGUGCGCUACCCCGGGGACCUCUCGCACCCCUCCCUGUCCGCACUGCAGUCCGAGAGGCUGUCCGAGAGGCUCCAGCUGGAGGACGAGAUUCGGCAGCGGGAGCGAGAGCGGGAACGGGAGCGGGAGCGGGAGAAAGAGAGGGAGCGCGAGGCGGAACGCGAGAAGGAGCGGGAGAGGGAGCGCGAACGGGAGAGGGAGAGGGAGAAGGAGCUGGAGAGAGAGCGCGAGAGGGAACGGGAGCGGGAGCGCGAGAGGGAGCGCGAGCGGGAGAAGGAGCGGGAACGGGAGCGGGAGAUGGAGAGGCAGAAGGAGCGGGCGCUCCGGGAGAAGGAGCUGCAGGUGGCCAAGGCCAUGGAGAGCCACUACCUGGCCGAGCUGCACGCCAUGCGGGGCCAGGAGGAGCGGAGCAAGCCAGAGAGACUCACCCCUAACCGGCCCGACAAAUCCAAAGAGGCGGUCCUUCCCGCCCCUAAGCCAAUGCCGCCGGGGCUCCACCCGGCGAUGGUCCAAUCACACCACGGCGUGCCGGGCCUGGUCUCCGCCCACGGCCUCUACCUGGGGCCCGGCGGGGUGGGCACGGCCCUCACGUCGGCCAUGAUGCUGCAGCGGACCAAUGAGGAGGAGCGCUGGUUGGCGCGGCAACGCAAGCUGCGGCAGGAGAAGGAGGACCGGCAGUACCAGGUGUCGGAGUUCCGGCAGCAGGUUCUGGAGCAGCACCUGGACCUGGGCCGGCCCGACGGGGCGCCGGAGCACCGCGCGGACGCACACAGAUCUCUACAGAACCACCACGACCCCGGCAGCCGAGACCUCCUGUCCCACCUGGGCGCCCCGCCGCCCCUCAUCUCCCCCAAGCCGCCCCAGCCGCCCCGGGAACACGCCGCCCCGCCCGCCACGCUAUGGAACCCCGUCUCCCUCAUCGACACGUCCUCCGACUCCCGCCGCAGCCACGAGCCCUCGGGGCCCGUCCACUACGACCUCGGCCGCCUCGCCGCCGGGCCCCCCUCCUCCGUCAAGCACGAGGACGGGGGCCGGCGGCGGGACGGGGGCGUCUUGGACAAGUACCCCCCGCCGCGGGGCCCGCCGGGCCUGCCCGAGCCCAGCACCUUCCUGGCGGAGCUGGAGAAGUCCACCCAGUCGUUCUUCAGCCAGCAGCGCGCCUCCCUGUCGCUCUCCAGCCAGUACAGCGACGUGGGCGGGGCCGGCAAGGGGGGCCCCGCCCACGUGGCCGGCAUGAAGGCCUUCGCACCGGGACACCAGGGCCCCAGCCGGCACGGCCAGGGGCCCGCGGCGGUGGUCCUGCCGGGGGUCCCCGGGCUGGGGCUGGGGCUGAGCGGGUCCACCAGCCUGACGAGCGCGGGCGCGGGCCCCGAGACGCCGCUGGUCUUCGACGAGUUCCUGCAGCAGCACCGGCGGGCCGUCAGCAAGCUGGACCUGGAGGAGAGGAGGAGGAAGGAGGCCCGGGAGAAGGGUUACUACUACGAGCUGGAUGACUCGUACGACGAGAGCGACGAGGAGGAGGUGCGAGGCCACCUCCGCAGGGUGGCGGAGCAGCCCCCGCUGAAGCUGGAUGACUCCAUGGAGAAACUGGACUUCCUGGGCGUGUUUGGCCUGACCACGGUGGGUCGCCGCGACGACCUGGUGCAGCAGAAGCGCCGGAAGCGCCGGAGGAUGCUGCGGGAGCGGAGCCCCUCCCCGCCGGCGCUGAGCGCCAAGCGAGCCGCGCCGCCGCCACCGCCGCUCAGCACGCGCUUCACCCCCGAGGAGAUGGACCGCGCGCCAGAGCUGGAGGACAAGAAGCGCUUCCUCACCAUGUUCAGCCUGUCCCACGUCACGCCGCAGCAGAGGAGAGACAAUGAAAGGGUAGUGGUGCUGCUUCAGGCUAUUAAAGAAAAGAGUGUUACCUUAGAUACCAUCAGGCAUGCUACCCAUCCUCUGUGUAAAAGCCCUCCAGCACAUUCGCCCGAAUCCGACACCGCCCAGGCUCCCGGCCAAUCGGAAGAGGCGCCCGGCGCCCGACCCCACAGCCCCUCCCCCGCGCACGGCCUGCCGUCCCCCGGCGGCAUGCCCAAAGCCCCCCUGGGCGGCGACACGUUGAGACCAAAGGAACCCCUGGCCCCGUCCGUCUACCCGGACAAGUCCCGGGGGCCCGGCGGCGAGGGGGGGCCCCCGCCCAAGAGGAGCGGCAACCUGCUGGGCAGCCUGCCGGCCCCGCUCCCCAUGCAGCCCAAAGAGGGGCCCGCCGGCCUCAACGGACGCUCCAAGCCCUGGGACAGCUUCACGCCCGAGGAGUUCGCCCAGCAGUUCCACGAGUCGGUGCUGCAGUCCACCCAGAAGGCCCUGCAGAAACACAAAGGCGGUGUCACGGGAGCGCCCGAGUCCUCCCACCCCCAGGACUCCUCGGUGCGCUACAACAUUCCCGAGUUGCAGUGUGCUCCGGGCCGUGCGUCCCAGGCCCUCGCUCACCCCCACUCCUCGCUCGCCCACUCGGUGCAGCACCUGCACCCCCCGCCGCACGGCCACGGCCUCCCCCAGCCCAACGGGCAGCACUUCCCCAUGGCCCCGCACCGCGAGGGCCCCGGGGCCCGGCCCGACGUGUCCGGCCCCGAGGACUCCGAUGAAGAAGAGGAGGAAGAGGAGCCCCCCGCGCCGAAGUGGCAGGGGAUCGAGUCGAUAUUCGAAGCCUAUCAGGAUUAUAUUGAAGAGCAAGGCGUGGAGCGCCAGGUGCUGCAGAGCCAGUGCCGGCGGCUAGAAGCUCAGAACUACAACCUCAGUCUGACGGCUGAGCAGCUGUCCCACAGCAUGGGGGAGCUGAUGUCCCAGAGGCAGAAGCUGGCGCUGGAGCGAGAGAAGCUGCAGGCGGAGCUGGAGCACUUCAGGAAGUGCCUGACGCUGCCACAGACACACUGGCCCAGAGGGGGCCACUACAAGGGAUACCCACCCAGGUGACCCCGCUCUGCUGAGCUGACGGGCCCCCACCCAAGGGCCCCGGCCCCGGCUGUCACCUCUUCCUCCUCCUCCUCCUCCUCCUCAUCCUCCUCUCAGACACACACCUAGAGUUUAUUUUUUAUGGCCUUGAUGUUGUGAACGUAGCUCGACGACUGAAGAGGAGCUGGCUGGCUGGCUGGCCGGUUCAGUGGAUGAAUCGACGUUGGGGAGACGGGAGCGAAUGCACGGGGGGGCACUAGGACCAAACGAUGAAGGACAAACCGUCUCUGGGUCACGGCCAGCCAGGGACGGUGCCACAAGCCACUUGUGUCUGCCAACUUCACCCGAACCCUGGGAUCCGUGAGAGUGUUGGGCCGGAGUAGCAGGAGAACCACGCAUGCACAUACUACGGACACAGAACACGCCACGCGCGCACACACACACACACACACACACACACACACGACCGAACUUCUCAAUGUAGUGUAAAUCAUGCCCUGCUUCAGCCCCUACUGCUCUCACAGCCACGCCCACAAGGACUAUUCUGCCAAUAGGAAGAGCCACUCCAUGAGCGGGUGACCACGCCCCCCCCCCCAGCCCCCCCAGUCCCCACAUCACCAAAAGCAUAAGUAUGUCCCCGGCCCAUCAGACUGACGGAGUCACGGGGGCCGCAUUAGUUUUUGAACUGGAAAAUGCACUUAAGAAGAAUGCGUGAAGAGCUACCAAUGUCGGUACUCUGAUGCGGCAAAGAACUGUUCACAUUAAGGAGAGAACUUAGGAAAAAAUGCACAUUUUUGGAAAGAAUAAAGGAAAUGUUUUAUUUCAAAAUAGAAAAAUUUGAGAAUAAGAAUUUUAAAAAGGUGCUUGAGCCUUGUAUUGUAUAUAAUAUGAAGACUAAAAGAAUUUUGUAUGUUUUAUUACUUAAUCAAUGUUCUUUUAAAAGAAAAAAAAAGCCUGCCAUUUUUUUUAUAUAUGUUAAUGCUUUUUUUGAGGGUGGGAUGGGUUGGUCAAUAAAGCCCUGCUUCUAGUGUGUGUACUGCUGCUGGCUAGCUCAUGUUGAGGUAACAUUAUGAGAGUGGGAGAGAGAAAUAGGGUACAACGUUCUACUCUCCAUGUCGUCCUCCUCUCCAGCACUCUGUGCAUCUGACACCCAGUUACAGCUCCCCCCCACCCUAACCCCCUUCUCAUCCCCCCCGUCUCUGAGCUCAGCCAAGCGUACUUAGAGGUCACUGAGCUGAACCCCCCCCUUCUCCCCACACUAUGUGCCUCUAGGUUCGAAUCCCCCCCCAACCCUAGCGAGGGUUCCUCUCGUUGGUGCCUGUUUUUGUUUAUUGUCUAAAUGAAGGGAGACACUCAAUAGUCCAUUACUGAACAAAUCCUACAGCCACGUCCAAAGGUAUCAAAUUAAUCGCCACUCACUGGACUUCAAUGUCAUCAUCAUUAAAAUAGUAAAAACACAGUGUAUAAUUAGAGGUGGCAUAUUAUGCCUUACAAGGUUAGGUACUUUGCCAGAGCCAUAUAAGGAGUGUGCCAAAAAAAGGGUAAUUGUAAGACCAUAUUGGAUCCUCAAUUUAUAAUAAGUCUCAAUUAGGUUGCCAAUGCAACCAGGAUUCCAACCAUGACGGCCAACUCACAUUAUUUCUGUCCCCAUUUUCCAUUGGUGUCAAUUCUGUCGUAAAUAUCCGCUCCCUCCAUUUCCCCCCAGCGUGAGACACCUUGAUCCGUCAUCCAAAGGUUCUUGUUUGCCAACAUCGUUAUCAAAUCUCAAGGACCUCACCUGUUCUCCAUGCUGGGGGCCUCUGAGGUGCAACUCAAAGCUACUGCAUUUCCAUCCCAUCCUUGUUCUGUUGGCCGAACCACUGCGCGGUGGAUGGAGUGUCAGUGUCCCUAAUGAGGCACUUCAGCAUGUCCACACUGGAACUCUGUACAUGCACUCAGACCGGCCCUGGUUGUUGUUCCUGACACCUGCCCCGCCCCCCCUCCUCCACCCAGCCCUAGUACCACCCCCCCUCCCUCAACCCCACCCUGUAGUACAGCACUGACUGCUCUGUAGGAGCUGACUGGACCAGGGGGUUUCUUCAGGGCAGAGUCAAAGGGUGUGGGAUUCGAACUACAAGUCGGUAAUCUAUCGUGGGACUGUACCUCUGACUCCCAGGAUUAAACCACGAUGGACCCCAUUAUUUUUUAAUAACCAUAAUCGUGAACACUUCAUAUCACAUUACCGAUACUAACAGAGGUAUUUUUUACACGAUUCCACGCUGUGACCCAUGUCUCACCCAACCUUAUCUCAGACCGGUCGAACGUUGUUUUAUUUUUUUAUGUCAUGAAGCAGAACAUAGCAAAGAGCACACAGCCUAUCAGAUUAGUCGGGAGCACUCAUGUUGAGGUGAGCUGCCAAUGAGCACGGCGGGCAGAGCAGUAAGCACCGCCCCCUGACCCGCCCCCCCCCCCCCUGACCUGCCUCCGUCUCCAUACUCCUGCAUCUUCAGUCCAAGCACGCUGCGCAAUAGCCCCCGACUCAGUGGAGGAUGUCUAGAUGCUGUGAAAUUCUGUUUUUCAAAAAAAAAUGUACUUGUUUGAAUUCCUUGUAAUGUAAUAUAUUCUUUGUUGAAUGUAGUAAUUAGGUAUUUAUGAAUAUGGCUGUGAUUUCAGACAAAAAUAAAAUAUUUCAAAGUGUCA